AUGGGAAGGCCCAAAAGACCACCCAAGUCGCCUUUGUCAGGGACUGCAGCAAAGGACGGACGCCCGAGAGCACCAAUCAUGCCAAAAGAGCAGCAGCCGCCGCCGCCGCUCUACCAAGCGGCCAUGGACCUGAUCCAUCUUGGAAUUGAACAGCAGGCUCAGCACUCAGUUCAUCCCUCGCCUCUGGAUACCAACGACAAUCUUGGUGGCUCUGAGCACAUGGGCGAAGCACCCAGACGAUUGACGAGCAACAUGGCAGCGAAUGGGCCUGACCUAGAAGUGAGUAGUAGCAGCAGCCCUGGCGCAUCAUCUGAUAUCGCGACGGGAACAUCUUUGCCUCCUCUCUCAGAUAAUUCCUUGGGCUUAGGGUUGGUGUCAUCCGGCGAAGGCGUCUACCCGCCAUCGUGCUACAUCGGGAAUAGGGACGUUGGAGACUGCUUGUUCCGCCAGGACACUUCAAUGCCUUGGUCAUCCGGAAACGCGUACGACGGAAAUCUGGACAGCCAACUCGAUGUGUGGCCUUGCAACAACUCUGCCUCGGGAGGGACGGCCGCUCAGAAGCACAGUUAUAACGAUACGGCAUCACUCGCCACUGCUAACAGGCAAGAGCUAGACAUCACAUUGGACGUUUGCAACCCUAGCAGGAACUGUUACGUUGCCCUCUUGAGCCGUCUUACCCAGUUAGAGAGCUACCUGGCUUCCAGACCCCUUGAGAAUCCAGCUCCAAUUGACGACACGCUAAGAGCCACCAAGGACCUGCUGGAUCUGAAGGAACGCAUUUACUCUUGCCGCGGCCAUGCCAUUCCGGGCGGCCGCAAAUCCCCAUCAUGUCUCUUGUCUUCUCGACCCAUCAUCCUCUUCCUCUGCCUGCUCACCGAGCGCAUCGUGUACCUAUUCGAAGACCUGUUUCGGCGUGCCCCCAGUCUCAUUCAACCUUUCACCGAAGCGCUGCAACCACCCGCAUAUGGUCCGAAUUGGCAGCGCUCCAUGCGCGCCGUGCGCAGCCUUCUGGACUACAGCUCGACCUGUCCGUUUCCCGACGCCAACCGGCCGCUGCAGAUCGGCAGCAUGGAAGUCAGCAACGAGGUAAAGACACGGGCGUUACGCAGGAUUCUGAGAGGGCGAAUUGAACGGCUACUCGUCAUGUUAGAGGACAUGAAGCGAAUGUCCGGCCCAAGGGGAGAGGAGGACGGCGGGCGAUAA